AUGUGCUCGCCCUUCCUCUUCUUCCUCGUGCUCGAGUCGCUGCAGUGCCUCCCGAGAGGCCAGUGCUGGGCGGGCUACGGCAAGAGCUGCGUCGGUCGCGGCGGCAGGCCCAGCACCAUCACCGUCCAGGGGGCGCAGCGCAUCAUGCACGGGGAGGUGAGGGUGCUGCAGAACAUGUCAGGCUGGAAGAUCCGGGGCCUGUUCCAGCUCGGGGAGCUGACGAGCUCCCCGGAGCGCGGGGGCGAGGGCAGUGCAGACCGCUGCCGGCGGUGGUGCUACUCGGACAUCGGCUGCCAGUACUGGCAGUACGGGCCAGGCGGCUGCUGGGUGGAUUCCCCGCUCUUCAGCACGCAGCACGGGACUCGCGCUGGCAACGUGGUGCAGGACGUGAAGCUCGCAUUCGACAGCAUGGGCCACGAGGAAUUGACGCACACUCUGCUCCACAUGGGAGUGUCACACGGAGUGGUGGGACUCCUGUUGCAGGGCCGCGCGGCGGCUGGCUGGCAGUACCCCCUCACGACGGACGGGGGCGCCACGAACACGGGCUACGAAGCGGAGCACAUGCGGUGGGCCGCCCGCGCGCGGGCGGCAGGGAGAAGCUACGUGCCAAAGGCGGCCAGCGAGGCCGCCGAAAAGGCCUCUGCGAGGGCCUCCGAGGACGGCAGCGACGAAGGCACCGGCGUGGCCUGCCGGAGCUCGCCCCGCAUCUCGAGCAACGAGCACGCUGCCGCCACCGAGCGGCGCCGCCAGCUGGCCAAGCGCACCCUUCGGCACAGCGUGUUCUUCCACUUCCACGUCCUCUUCUCCUCGCUCCUCGACGCCGUCUGCGUGCAGUCGGCGUUACUCUCGGACAGUGGCCGUUCGGCGCCGGUCGAACGGGACAGGACUUCGUGGCGUGGUGUUCUACAUUACGCCCUUGUCUCCGCGAUCCCCGUCGCCUUCUGCGUGCAGCUGGCGUUGCUCAAAGAAAUUUCGGCGACCUUCCAGUCGCUCGCACUUGCACGCUCAGCCUCGGGCCACCUGUGCCGGUAG